AUGCCUUUUACACCGAAAAUCGAAAAGGACGCUGGAAGACUUCAAGAGUGGAACUUCCACCAUCGACGAUCAGGUUCGAUGGAUUCUUCAAAAAUCGCGCAAAAAACUUUCGAGCUUGAAAACCAUAUUCAGCCUUUGGAACAGGAUAAGAUAUUCAAAUACAACGCGGAGGAACAAAAGACGAUCCAGAAAGAAGCGAAAUGGAGGAAAGAUCCUCACUACUUUAAGAAAGUGAAAGUCUCUGGUGUCGCUUUGAUCAAGAUGGUUAUGCAUGCUCGAUCAGGAGGGCAAUACGAAAUCAUGGGGCUCAUGCAGGGCAAGAUCGAUGGAGACACUUUCGUCGUAAUGGACUCAUUUGCUUUGCCUGUUCAAGGGACAGAGACUCGAGUCAAUGCGGCUAGUGAAGCCAACGAGUACAUGGUCGAUUUCCUCGAAAGUUCAAAAAAUGUUGGCCGACUGGAGAAUGUCGUGGGAUGGUAUCACUCUCACCCGGGUUAUGGUUGUUGGCUAUCGGGAAUCGAUGUCAGCACUCAGCUGACAAACCAAACUUACACAGACCCAUUUGUCGCGAUCGUCAUCGACCCCAAUCGCACAAUUUCAGCCGGGAGAGUCGACAUUGGCGCCUUCCGCACCUUCCCUGAAGGAUAUACCCCUCCAUCACUGGGAAAGAGCAAGGACGACGAAUACCAAUCGAUUCCAUUGUCGAAGAUUGAAGACUUCGGCGCCCAUGCCAACUCUUAUUACGCCUUGGAAAUCGAACACUUCAAAUCUAGUUCAGACUCGAAAAUAUUGGACCUCUUGUGGGAGAAGUAUUGGGUCAUGACUCUGAGUCAAAACACAUGGCUUUCAAAUCGAGUAUACACGACAAGCCAAAUUCAAGAAAUGACCGACAAACUCACCAAAUCAAGUAGCUCGCUAACAAACAGCAAGCGAAACACGCUAAAAACGUUGAUACCCACUCACUUGCGAACUGCGAUCGAGAAUGAGAACGGUCAUAUCGGCAGUAACAACCAUCCGGAAAACUCGACUCAAAAUAACAAUAACAAUCAGCUGUUCCAUGACGUCUUGAAAGAUGUCGAGAAGUUAGAAUGCGAGAACCUAUGCGGCAUGUUUGGUCAGAUUAUCAAAAAUGUCUUGUUUAAUAACAAUUCUCAUAACUGCCAACUUGAGUUCCCCAUGUAA